CUUCUCUGCAGGUGUUCAGAUCUGCUUCAUCUGGCUGUGCUGCACCCCAGAAAACUGUCUGUGUACUCCGUCUCAGGUACUGCUGGUAAUGUGGAGCAUGGGGUUCAGUACCAGCUCAAGCGGGUCUAUGAGCACAACCUCCAGAGGACUGCCUGCAACAUGACCUAUGGAACCUUCGGAGGGGUCACAGACCACCACUCUAUGUGUAUCCAGUCCAUGGAUGGCAUGCUGAUGUUCUUUGAGCAGGAGAGUUACUCAUUUGGCCGUUUCCUCCCUGGCUUCCUCCUACCUGGUCCUCUGUGUUACUGCUCCCGCACUGACACCUUCCUCACUGUGUCCUCAGCACGACAGGUGGAGAGCUACAGGUGUUGGGUCUACCACUGUGGUGGCGUUCUCUGCCUUCCUGAAUGGGCAGUACCCACCAGCAGACCUGACUGGAGACGUGGCCGUAUCUUACAGCUCUCCUACAGAGCUCAACCCUGCAGGCAUCCCGAGGGUGGCCCAGUGUAAGUUCUCCCUGCCCCUCCGUCUGGUCUGCUGCCCCUCCGCCCCCUCCAAGAACGCCAAGUACAAGAUCACCGUGGAUACYAACAAACCACCGGUCAACCUCAGCGAGGUCUUCCCAGACUUUCUGGAAAAGUCUGAGGACAAGGAGGGAAACGCUCUGGCCUUCCACUUCCUCUCAGGGCCCAGAGUCACUGUACUGGCCUCCAAGACCUCCCAGCGCUACCGUAUCCAGAGUGAGAGUUUCGAGGACAUCUGGCUGGUGGUUAAGGAACUGGUGCAGCGCUUCGACCGCCACUUUGCCAAGCAGGGAGUCAAAGACUUCAGAAACAGCUUUGCAGGCCCUAUACCUCUGGCUGAGUACUUUGAGACUGUCGACCACCACUUUGAGCUGCGUGUGAGUGCAGAGAAGUACCAGGACCUCCUGUCAGAGCGGGCGGUCCAGUUCAGAGCCAUCCAACGCCGUCUCCUGACCCGCUUCAAGGACAAGACCCCCGCCCCCCUACAGAACCUAGACACACUUGAUGGAGCGGCACCUACGCCCAGGCGACACAGCACAGCUGGUGAGACACACACACUGUUACCCCUGCUACAGGACACACCACAGCUGGGUUGGGAGGAGAGUGUGGACGCGGCCGUGUCUCACCUCCUGAGGACCUGUCUGUCUCGCAGUCCUAAGGACCAGGCCCUGUCUCUGUCCACCUCCCAGCUCAGCAUGCCCAAAGACACGGUCCGCCUGAAGAAGCACAUCACCCUGCUGUGUGACCGCCUGGGCAAGGGUGGACGGCUGUCCCUGGCCUCCGAGGCCAACGUACCCACACCAGUCAUGAUGCCAGGGGGCUGUGAGCCAAUCGCGGAGGCUGUUGCGGACUUGGAGGAGCCACCCCUGCAACAGGAGUCUGCCGCCAAGUUCAUCAAAAAGAAACAGCCAUCCAAGAAAGUCAAGUCCAAGACAG